GCGGCCGCUCCCACACACUGACAGCGGGGACCAGGGACCCGUCGCAACGAGCGUCGCUCAGGGUGAAGCCAGCCUGCAGUAUUAAAAACAGCCACUUUUACGACAAGCCGAUAAAACCACAUAUUCUGAAUUUAACGGAGCAACCAUGUCCAAGGGACCAGCAGUCGGCAUUGACCUUGGCACUACCUACUCCUGUGUAGGAGUGUUUCAGCACGGCAAAGUUGAGAUCAUUGCCAAUGACCAAGGAAACAGGACCACACCCAGUUACGUUGCCUUCACUGACACAGAGAGGCUGAUUGGGGAUGCAGCCAAGAAUCAGGUGGCCUUGAACCCCAACAACACAGUAUUCGAUGCAAAGCGUCUUAUUGGACGUCGGUUUGAUGACAGCGUUGUCCAGUCAGACAUGAAACACUGGCCAUUUACAGUCAUUAAUGAUGCUUCACGCCCCAAAGUCAAAGUAGAGUACAAGGGCGAGACCAAGACCUUCUACCCAGAGGAGAUCUCCUCCAUGGUGCUAAUCAAAAUGAAGGAGAUUGCAGAGGCAUACCUUGGGAAGACUGUGACAAACGCUGUGGUGACAGUACCUGCCUACUUCAAUGACUCUCAGCGCCAGGCCACCAAAGAUGCAGGGACCAUUUCUGGCCUUAAUGUCCUUCGUAUUAUCAAUGAACCCACUGCUGCAGCUAUUGCUUAUGGCCUGGACAAAAAGGUUGGAUCUGAAAGAAACGUCCUCAUCUUUGACCUGGGCGGUGGCACAUUUGAUGUCUCUAUUUUGACUAUUGAAGAUGGUAUUUUUGAGGUCAAGUCCACCGCAGGCGACACACAUUUGGGUGGCGAAGACUUUGAUAACCGCAUGGUCAACCACUUCAUCUCCGAGUUCAAACGCAAGUACAAGAAAGACAUCAGCGACAACAAGAGAGCGGUGCGUCGUCUGCGCACAGCAUGCGAGAGGGCCAAGCGCACUUUGUCAUCCAGCACUCAGGCCAGCAUUGAAAUCGAUUCUCUGUACGAGGGCGUCGAUUUCUACACCUCGAUCACCAGGGCCCGAUUUGAGGAGCUGAACGCAGACCUGUUCCGAGGAACCCUGGAGCCUGUGGAAAAGGCUCUACGUGAUGCCAAGAUGGACAAGGCCCAAGUCCACGACAUCGUCUUGGUGGGAGGCUCCACUCGUAUUCCCAAGAUCCAGAAGCUGCUGCAGGACUUCUUCAAUGGCAAGGAGCUCAAUAAGAGCAUUAACCCAGACGAAGCAGUGGCCUACGGUGCAGCUGUACAGGCAGCCAUCCUGUCAGGAGACAAAUCUGAGAAUGUGCAGGACCUGCUGCUGCUGGAUGUAACCCCCUUGUCUCUGGGCAUCGAGACCGCUGGAGGAGUCAUGACUGUUCUCAUUAAGAGGAACACCACUAUCCCCACAAAGCAGACCCAGACGUUUACCACCUACUCAGACAACCAGCCUGGUGUGCUCAUUCAGGUGUUUGAAGGUGAAAGAGCCAUGACCAAGGACAACAACCUUUUGGGGAAAUUUGAGCUGGUUGGAAUCCCCCCUGCACCCCGAGGCGUUCCUCAGAUUGAGGUGACCUUUGAUAUUGACGCCAAUGGCAUCAUGAAUGUGUCUGCGGUUGACAAGAGCACCGGGAAGGAGAACAAGAUCACAAUCACCAAUGACAAAGGUCGCCUGAGCAAGGAGGACAUUGAGCGUAUGGUACAGGAAGCAGACAAGUACAAGGCUGAGGAUGAUUUGCAGAGAGAGAAGGUGACUGCCAAGAAUGGUUUAGAGUCGUACGCCUUCAAUAUGAAGUCCACUGUGGAGGAUGAGAAGCUGAAGGGAAAGAUCAGUGAUGAGGACAAACAGAAGAUUGUGGACAAGUGCAACGAGGUCAUAAGCUGGCUGGAUAGAAACCAGUCUGCAGAAAAAGAUGAGUUUGAGCAUCAGCAGAAGGAGCUGGAGAAGGUGUGUAACCCCAUCAUGACUAAGCUGUACCAGAGUGCAGGUGGGAUGCCAGGCGGGAUGCCAGGUGGGAUGCCGGGCGGCUUCCCUGGAGCUGCUGGUGCUCCUGGAGGUGGAGCAUCCUCCGGCCCCACCAUCGAGGAGGUCGACUAGACCAGACCAGACUAGACUUGCAUGAUGAGCUUGUUCCUUUUCCAAAUUUUUUUCUCUGUGACAUUGGCGUGAAGGGUGACCACAAUCUUAAAAUCACAGACGUAUAAAUUGUUACUUAGAGCCAUUAACCACGCCUCUUUUGGGAUUGUUUUGAUAUUUUUUGUAUAUCUGGCUUAAAGCAACACUGUGGCUUUUUUGGUAAUAGGGUACUCUCAUGUGACCGUGUUUGUGUCAAAUUAAUCCAGUUAAUAUUUGUGUUACCACAGUGCGUUUUUCUUUAUGAGCUGGUUAUGUAGCGGAAAUGGUCGCUGUUGCUCAACACUUGCCAAAUGAGACAAAAUAAAAGUGUUUUUUUGAA